AGGCUCUCUAGGAGACAGGGACCUUGAGAAAAAAAAUCUGGCAUCAGCAUAUACGUUGUGAGCUUUUCAUCAUUGGAGUGCCUGGCUGUUGCUCUGCUUUACUACUCUGAAUGUUUUCCAAACGGGGAAUCUGGAAGUUCAUCGUGGUAACUUUGUACAGAGCUUCACCUACAUGAAGAAUAUGAGGCUUUGGAGCAAAUAAGAGACCCUAUUCACACCUGCAGGCACCUGCAGAAGAGCUGGUCUGCCUCUGCUCUGCUGGCUCACUGGUGGGACCUGUGGGGUGUGGGUGCCUCCGGGUGACUGAAAGUGCUCUUCAUGUCAAGGUGAGUGAUGACCUCUAUGUAACACUGACAGGAGGCAGCAGGACAGGCUUUAGGUGAUCUUGUUGCCAGGAUCAAGCAGCUUCAGAGCUGGUUUCAUAGGGUGUCAUGGGCACAGAGAAGGGAUUUCUCCUUGUACUGAGCUAAUUUUCAUUGACCCGAUAAUGCUGGGCAUUUCCUCACCAUGCUGUGGAAGUCCUGCAUAAAAAGGUCCUGACAUGUCGUCUUUAAUUUUUCAAAUUCCAAAUUUCCAGAGAUGAAUGGGGGAGCAAAUAUCACACGGAGCUGAGAAAGAUAUGAAAUAAAAAUUCCCCAAAGUUAGCUAGAAAAUCCAGAUACUUGCUCUGGGUUAUGUUUUAGUCUACCAGUUAAUAUGCUCUUGCUGCCUGCUCAGUAAUUUGUCGGAAAUGGGGAAGAAGAAUCCAGACUUGGCAAGCUGGUGCUGCAGACAGAUUUUGUCAGAUGAAAUCCCAGUAGACAUUAGUCCAACAUCAACAGCUCCUGAGCUAUCACAUGGGAAUGCUCAAGGAGAUAAAACCAACAUCCUAAAGGGUGGAUCCUCUAUUUUAAGGGGCAGAGAAGGGAAUCUGGCUAAUGUAAAUUUUUCUUUUCUUUGUGGAGUCGUUCAGAGAAACGAUGGAAAAUGCUGGUUCCAAACACAGAUACAAUUCUGGCUUUUCUUGAAUUCUUCACUUCAUUUAAAGUUGCUUAACUUCUCUCUCUUGCCUUUUCCUACAUGUGAAGAGAGGUUAAUCCUAUCUGCCUUUACCUCAGAGGGAUUGUGAGGGCAGAGUUUGGAAAAGAAUUUGCCGUCUAUGCAAAGAAUCCACAAGUGACUGCAAGGGGAAAAAACCCAGACCUACCAUUGGGAAACUCCAGCACCAGUCGACUACUUUCUGGAAGUGGAGUGUUCUGUUACAUAAACAUCCUUGAAGCUUUGCAGAAGGGGUGACAUUCACAUGUGGGGCCUAACUAAUUGGGCUUUGUGUGUGAAGAACGGGGAUGGAGAGGAUAAGGAAGUGAAAUCCCCAAGGUGCAAGCUGGGCCUCCUUCUUCCCAUGGCCUGUACUGUUGCUUACGUGUUGAAAAGGGGUCUCGAAGCCUCCUGUACCACUGAGCCGAUGACUGGGAACUCUGUGGGCCCCGCGACCCAGCCUGCAUCCUAACUCUGCCCUCCCCAGCGGUCUGGGAGGCGUACUGCUCAGCCCAGCAGCCAGCUGCAACAGCCUCCAGCAGUCACUCAGGGAGCAUCCUUCUGCCCAGAAGCUGUUAAAGUCCCUUCGUACUAAAAUCUGCAUUAACUCAGAGAUCCUGGUCUAUUUAUGCAUAAAGAGCAUGUGGACUAUGUAGCUCUUGGCUGCUUCUGCAAACAGUGGGAGAAGGGGGCUGCUAACUUCAGGAGCUCCGAGUUGUUCCCUGGAGGAGUCUGCACCCUUCCACUGAUUAUGUGGGGAACCAAAAUCCCAUAGUUGCUGCUUUGAUCGAUGAAGUUAAGUGGCAUCAGCACCCCUCCAUCCAAAACUCACCUGAGACCCAGGGCCCGGUUCUCCAAAGCCCCACACCUUGUGGCAAAGUGGAGCUGCAGCAUGAGUUGAAAGUCACCACUUUGUUUUGCACACAUUUGUAAAGCUUUGUCGCUAGUCCCAGGCAAAGAAAAUAACCUGUUUCCUCCCCCAUCUCUUCAGGGAAAACUAUGUAUAGCACACAUGGAAAUAUCUUGAUAGUGUCUACUAUAAAAUUCACAUGUAUAUUUUUCUAUAUUUUAUGACAAGCACAGUAUAAUGGUCUGCAGGUUUUUCAUUCUGCAUAGCAGCUCUCAGGGUAACAGGUCAGAUUUAGCAAUUGGGAUGGCAGUGGAAGGAACAGAUUCACAGCCUGAAAGAGCCAGUGCUGAACUGGUUAGGAAAGAGUAAAAUCUGAAUUCCCGACUCUUUUUCUUUUCACAGCUGUUAAGAGUUCAGUGGGUUGAACUGCAAUCCUUCAAGUUCAUCUGUUGACUCCAACACAAAACUAUUAUAAACUGUGCCUCUAAAACACGUGAUGAAACAUUUCUUGAGAGCUAUUUAUUCCAACUGCAGCAGAGGAAAGUUUUCAGAACACCCGGCAUUUGGUAGAGGAAAGAUCUCUUGAGCUUUGCAAAAGGAGGAAUUAUUUGCAUACCGACGCUUUAGCUGUAGUAAAACACUUCCCAUGCUGAAGAUGGACCAUGCAAACGUGACCCAAGCCAUGCUUGAUGCUGAAUCCCGCAACAUGGAGAAGAACAACGGCAACGAGUACUUUUACAUUCUGAUCGUCAUGUCUUUCUACGGGAUCUUCCUGAUAGGGAUAAUGCUUGGCUACAUGAAAUCCAAAAGACAAGAGAAGAAGUCCAAUUUGCUUCUGCUCUACAAAGAUGAGGAGAGAGAAUGGGGGGAAGCUGUGAAGCCUCUACCAACCAUAUCGGGGCUGAAAUCUGUCCAGAUCCCCAUGAUGCUGAACAUGCUGCAGGAGAGCAUGGUGCCGUCCCUGUCCUGCACCAUCUGCUCGAUGGAAGGCAGCAGUGUGAGCUCCGAAUCCUCCUCCCCAGACGUGCACUUCACCAUCCAGGAGGAAGUGCUGGAUGCUGAACUGGGGGAAGUGUCAGAAACGCUUCUCAAUGAGAGCAGCGAGGGAUCUGCGGAAAACAUCCACAAGAACUCCUAGCACUUGCAUGGCUCCCUUGAUCAGCUGCCAGAGUGUGAGUGGAGCUCCCACUAAGAACUUGUGGUUCUACUUUCCUGCUCUCCAAUGAACUGUGAACAGGUAUCUGUGCCCCUGGGCCCGAGGUCUUCCUGAGAGCUGGCAGGACAAGCAAGCAGUGGUACCCAACUCCAAAGUGUAACUUGCACAUAAUUGGGAUGCUUCAUUUUAAUUUUUGCAUUAUUAUUAUUUCUUACUGUAGGAGCUAAGAACGAGGAGAAUAUAUAUAUAUAUUUUCUAAUGAGGUAACUAUUACUGGCAUGUCUCUGCAUAUUUCAGGUUUCUGCAAAUAUCUGGGAAAUGUUUAGGGAAGUUACCCUAACGCAAGUGCCUGGCUGUUACAUGAUGGGUGAUGCUCAUUCACACAAAACUGUGAUAGACUAGAAGUACUUUUACUGUGUUUUUCUUAUAACAAACCACAGCCAACAGCAGAUAUGCUCAAUGCGGCCUCAAAAGCUGAAAAUCUGUCAAUGCUGUAGUGGAAGGGAGAGUGCAGCAUGGCUGGAAACUGACUUUAGGGACAGAAGAAUGAAAGAAAAAGAAAAAAAAAAAAAGCACUGAAUUUCUAGGUUUGUAAAGCCCAGUUUCAGAUCCAUACCACUAUAUCUAUCUUUGCUUAAAUUGUACCUGUACUGGCUGGAUCAGGUUCACCAACUUCUGCUGCAAUGCAGCCUUUGACUGAGUUACUAGUAGGAAAAGUGGUUUUAUUUUUCGCUUUUGUAUUUUUUAAAGAUACGUACAUUUGAUCACUAAAGGCAAAGAUCUGUAAGUUAAAGAAGACAUUAAAAGAUCUUUGUUACAAGAUGUAAGAUGUAGAAAAGCUUGAACAAAUGCUGCUUUGUUACACCCCCUUGAAAAAUAGGUGGAAUUCGGGAUAGAAUUUAACCUAGCAGGGGUGAAAUCCUGGCCCCACUGAAUUCAUCAACUGAGUCCUCCUGACUUCAGGGGACAUGCACAAGAUUUUGUGCUUCUCUGUUGGAGUUAAAUUCUCCAUUUGAGGUCAGUACAACCGUACCCAUUUACAUCAUUAAAGAAUCUAGACUUUCUGCUCUAUUUAAGCCAGUGUAGAUAAACAUUGCAUCACAUCUUUUUUUUUUUACCAGCUCGCAUGUGACACAUGCAUUUCUAUAAAGUCAUUAGUAACUAGUUUUUAAAACCACCACAAACUUCCCUCCCCUAAUUUAAUGGUACUGUGAUUUUUUCAAAUGCUCGUGAAAUUAGUUACUAAAUUUUUGCACUGUUAAAAAUGUAAGAAUGCAUAAAAAUAAAAGAAUAAAUAUUUCAAUCAUACCUUAUAUUUUAUAAUAACUUAUUACAAUGUUUGGAUUAGUUCUGAAGCAUGAGGGCUGAAGAGCCUGAAUCUAAAGCAUUGCACGGCAAAAUGUUUGCAAAAUGUCUCCACAUAUUUCCUGUGCUAAAAUAGCUCUGUGAUUUAUCCACUGGCAUUAGAGCUUGAGAGACAGCUUGAAAAACAUGAACGCUGAACAGCAGAAACGAACUGAGGCAAGAGUCUGCUGUACUUCUGCCGUUUAGAAGGGAGAACUCUGCUUUUGACUUGGAGGGUUAAUAUGAUGUAGCCUACAGAGGUAUCACUGUCUCUCUCUAAAGGCAGCAGAACAAAGGCUCCAUUGUGCUCAGAAAGGCCUGAUUUGGUUCAGAUUGAAGGCAGUGGGAGUUUUUCCAUCAACUUCAGUGAACUUUGGAUCAGACCAUAUAAAGCUUUUUGGUAGAUUUACUCCAAAAGGGGCUGUUUUAAGUUUGAAAGAAGCCAAAUUAAGUUUGGCACUUUGCCUGGAAUCACUUGAAUCCUGAAACUUUCCAAAUGAGAUUGACAUGCACGAGUUGUCACAUUUUCCAUUGCUUUCUCCUUCGUCAUUUUACUUUUGGUAUAAAUGUAUUUGUAUCUGUAAAAAAACGAUGUAUAUAAUUCCUAACAUUGAGUUGUAUAUAAUUGUCUCAUGUAUUUAAAGUUUAUUGUUUCUACUGGCACAAAUUUUUAUUUAAAUAAAGAAACACGUUUCCUGGAAAA